AUGUUAAAUUCAAAAUUUACUGUUAAAAGAGAACCCUUAAAAGAGAGGUUUCUUUAAAUUACAAACAAAUUAAAUAAUCUUGAUAUCAAAUAAGGUACAAGCAAGGCUCAUCGAAUUGAUAAAUUAAAUGAGAGAAGUUAUAAAAUUGAUGAAAGAAUUAGAGCCAUCAAAGAAAAUUAUAAUAAAUAAGUCUUAUAGUUAAAAGAACAGGUUUAAGAAAUUUCUGAUAAAAUUGAUUAAGAAAGAUAAGAAUUUAAAUCACAACAUAAUUCAUAUUCGUAAAAACUAUCUGAAUUGGAAAAGUCAUCUUAGAAACAAUUAUAUACUGAAUAGAGUGAAAGAGCUGAUGGAAUUAAUUAAUUGGCAGCCUAUCUAAAUGAAAAGGUAUAAAAGAUUAAUAAUCAUUAGAUAACUUUCAUUAAAUCAGAUUUAACUAUCGAAUCAAAACUAAGAGAGGAAUAAGUUGAUGAACUUUAAAGAGGAUUAGAAAAUCAAUUACCUAAAAUUAAUUAGUAAAUUAAAAGUGAAACGGAAGAUAGAGAAUUAUUUGACAAAUAAAUUUUGAAAAAAAGUAGUAUCGAAAUGAAUAAAUUGGCUAAUUAAUUAAAUGAUGUUUCAAGGUAAACGCUAGAAUAAGAAAAUGAAAUUAUUGGAAUGCUCUAAGAUUUAAUUAUUAGAACUAAAGGAGAUUUAAAAUAAUUGUCUGAAGAAAGAUAAGAAAAGGAAGAAGAAAUAAUUAAUUUAAUUGAAAAAACUUGCGAUAAAAUGGUUCAAGCUUCAUUGAUUUGA